UAAGCUAAGAAACUUCGGCAUCAUGUUUAAUGGUAUACCGACGAUGAUGAAAUAUGCUGCUCGUUCGCCAUAUCAAUGUGGUCCCAGCGGCUUUAGUUUUGACAAUUGCUUACGCAACAAAAGACUAAUGGAGAACGGUAUAUUGGAGCCCAAUCGUAUCAGCACUGGCACUACCAUAGCAGCCAUGAUCUUUGACGGAGGAGUCGUCAUUGGCGCAGAAUCGAGAGCCAUCAACGCCCACAUAAUACCCUCGAGCAAUAGCCGUAAAAUUUAUGAACUUCAGCCCAACAUUUUUGCCGGAGGAGCCGGAGUCGCCCAAGACGCAUGUGCCCUGAUGGAAGUUACCCAUGCUCAACUAGAACUCCACAGCAUGAACACCGGAGAUCGAAUGGUGCCAGUGUGCUGUGCCAACCAGACGGUGAGGCAGCUCCUCUACCGCUUCAGUGGGAACAUGCAGGUCAACGUGAUCAUCGGCGGCGUGGACGGAACCGGAACGCAUCUAUUCUGCACCCGGUUCGAUGGCACAGCGGACUCUUGUCCGUUCUCGGCGCUGGGCUCAGGUCAUCUGGCUGCCAUGGGUAUUCUAGAAUCCCGAUGGACAGAGUAUCUGGAUGAGGAGGACGCCCGUAGUGUCAUCGCCGAUGCCGUGGCUGCUGGCAUGGAGAACGAUCUAAACUCCGGUGGAAGAGUAACCCUCUGCGUCAUCCGCUGCGACUUCUCGGUGUCUUGGGAAGUACAUGCCCCCUAUAAGGAGCCUCUGUUUCGCCCUAUGCCGCCGCAGGUCAAGCUCGGCUGCACCGCAAUUCUGUCCAGCAUACAGCACAAGGUGGUGCCGUGGGGAGAGGCUCCGGAUGGUUACACGGAUGUAGAAGGCCUUUACAGGCGCCAGGAGGAAUAUCUAGGCCCACCAAAGGCAAAAAAAAGAAGGCUGGACCCGACUUCCUAACCCUUUUGUUUCACCCCCUUUUGUUCCCCAAUCCGUUUUUUUAUUUUAGAUUAUCUUUUAUGUUUCUUUUAUAUCUUAAUUAAAGUUCAGCCUACAUUGAAAAA